AUGGGUAGAGUUAUUCGCAACCAGCGCAAGGGACGUGGAUCCAUCUUCACGGCCAACACGCGCUUAAACAAGGCUCCGGCCAAGUUUCGUACUCUUGAUUAUGCCGAGCGUCAUGGCUACGUUCGUGGUGUAGUCAAGGACAUCAUCCACGACCCUGGUCGUGGCGCCCCCCUUGCCAAGGUCACCUUCCGCCACCCUUACAAAUUCAAGCAAGUCUCCGAGACCUUCAUUGCCAACGAGGGCAUGUAUACUGGUCAAUUUAUCUACGCGGGAAAGAAGGCUGCUUUAACCGUCGGAAACAUCCUGCCUAUCGGUGAGAUGCCUGAAGGCACCGUCGUUUCUAAUGUUGAGGAGAAGAUUGGUGAUCGUGGUGCUCUGGGCCGUACCUCUGGAGGCUACAUCACCGUGAUUGGCCACAAUCCUGAUGAGGGCAAGACUCGUGUCAAGCUUCCUUCUGGUGCCAAGAAGGUUAUCCAUUCCUCUUCCCGUGGCAUGAUUGGCAUCGUUGCCGGUGGUGGUCGUACCGACAAGCCUCUCUUGAAGGCUUCUCGUGCUAAGCACAAGUUUGCCGUCAAGCGCAACAGCUGGCCCAAGACUCGUGGCGUUGCCAUGAAUCCUGUGGACCAUCCUCACGGUGGUGGUAACCACCAACACAUUGGUAAGGCUUCUACCAUUUCUCGAUACGCCGCUCAGGGUCAGAAGGCUGGCCUUAUUGCUGCCAGAAGGACGGGUCUGUUGCGUGGUACUCAAAAGACGAAGGAGUAA